AUGGCGCGCCUCCUCGGACGGAUCCUGUUGGCUUGCGUGGCCCUUUCCUGCGCCUCACUGACCUGGCUCCCUUCGUGGGGUGCUAGCCCGAGCCAGCGCCUUCGACGCGUGUCCGUGGCAAGAGAGGCGGCACGUGAUAAGACCUUGAGCCCCGAGGAACUCAAGGAGCAAGAAGAGCAGGAGCAAGCGGCUGGAUCGCCCUUCCGCUUUCGCAACGAGUACUUGGUGGCGUUUCAAGCAGCUGCCCAUUGGCAUGAGAUCUUGUUUUAUGAUGAGCUGCAGACUGCUCUGCUAGACCUGGAGGACAGUGAGGCCGUGUGGUCACGCCGCGAGGCGGCCAGGACACGCCAGAUCAUGAUCGGCAAGGCUCGCCCCGAGUACCGCCGAUACCUCGCUGAGGUUCCUGUCGAUCAGCGAGGGCCAGCACAUCCCAUGACACCCAAUCCGCGGGACCGCGUCUCCAAGCGCCAGUUCGAUCGUUCGCUGGGUGACUGGCGUCGUAAGCUCCACGAGUUCGACGCCGAAAUGGGCUUCGUGUCGGACAACCCGCUGGAGCUGCGGUCAAAUUCCACCAGUUCCUCGGAAGGGCCCGUACAACCGGGAGCGAUGCCUCCAAGCCUGCCCACAUGCAACGGGUCCUCCCUGCAGCCUCCAACCAGGCCUCCGAGCUUCCUACCCAUGCGAGGCGAGUCGCAAGCAUCCUCUUUGUUGGCGCCAGCUGGGGCGGCUCCGUCUUCAGCGCCGCAGGCGACCUCGGGCGCACCUCAGGUGUUGGUUCCACAGCAUCCACCGCCGUCGCAGCCUCCGAUAGUGCAUGAGUUCUGCCCAGGCAUUGUCCAACUGCGCCUCGCCGACCAGCUGCCGGUUCCACCGCCGGAUUCUGCGCACCAGGGGCACCAGGCUCCCGAGUUUGUCCCCCAGGCACAACAACCGCAGGACUUCCCUCCCGUUGACUACGCCAGCGCUGCGGCCAUCGGCAUCGCAGUCGCUAUGGCCACGCUGAUGGGUUCCGGGCAGAUGUCCUCGCAGGCUCCGGGUCAGAUGCCGUGGGUUCCGCAAGCAGAAGUCUACGAUCCGAACAUGUAUGAAAGGACGGCCGAAGCCCACGAGAUGCCUAUCUUCUACAACUCGCCGAUGGUGACUGCCAUGCCACCUGCACCACAAGUGCCGACGAUGUCCCUUGCCCCAGAGACGCCCUGCCGGAUGCGCCCGAUCAGCUUUGAAGACCGCGAGACACCUCCACCCCUGCCAUACCAGAUGCAGGCCGUCGAUGGUUUCCAUCAGUUCCACGCAGGGCAGCUGGGUGUCGUGAACGAGGAGUGCGAGAAGGUGAAGUUGACCUACGAGGACGCGCUGUCUCCUCGAAGCAACCGCGAUUCGACACUUCUGCCGAUUCCGAAGGACGCGGUGUCUCCUCGCAGCAACCGUGACUCCCUCUUGGCGAUCCCGAAGGAAGCAACAGUGAAUCUUCGGUUCGCUGUUGCUUUCGGAAGACAUGCCCCCAUUCAGCACGCCGCAGCGACAGAAGGAUCCAAAGUCACAACCCCAGACCAGUGCAACCGGAACGGCCUCAUAACGAUGGCCAGCGCCGCCCUCCAGUCCCUGGUGGAGGCGGCGCCCGCGAUGCGGGCGACGCAUCUGCGGGAGCUCCUCAAGGAUGAGAAGAGGUGCGAUGCAAUGAUGGUCGAGGCAGAAGGCAUCUGCCUGGACUACUGCAGACAAAAAGUGACCCAGGAGACCAUGUCCAAGCUUUUCGACCUGGCGAAGGUCGCCGACGUGGAGGGUAAAAAGAAGCGCCUCUUUGCAGGGGAGAAGAUCAACGAAACCGAGGGCCGUGCAGUUCUGCAUGUCGCCCUCCGGGCGCCGAAGGAGGAAACCAUCAACGUGGAUGGCAAGAACGUCGUCCCGGAGGUGCACUCCGUCUUGGACGCGAUCAAGGCGUUCUCAGAUAAAGUCCGUUCUGGAAGCUUCGUUGGCCACACCGGCAAGAAACUGACGGACGUGCUCUGUAUUGGCAUUGGUGGAUCCUACCUGGGCGUCGAGUUCGUCUACGAAGCGCUGAGGACCGACUCAACGGCCGCAGCCGCGGCAAAGGGCCGAUCUUUGCGGUUUUUGGCAAACGUGGAUCCCAUCGAUGUGAAGCGGGCUUUGACGGGUCUCAAUGCCGAAACCACACUUGUCGUUGUCAUCUCCAAGACUUUCACCACGGCAGAAACCAUGCUGAACGCCCGGACAGUCAAAGACUGGUUGGUGAAGGAGCUUGGUACGGAGGCGGCCAUCGCCAAGCAUGUCAUCGCAUGCUCGACGGCGCUGGACAAGACGAAGGCCUUCGGUAUCGACUCUGCCAACGUCUUCGGUUUCUGGGAUUGGGUGGGUGGUCGCUUCUCCGUUUGCAGCGCGGUGGGGGUCGUUCCGCUCGCGUUGCAGUACGGCUUUGACGUCGUUCAGAAGUUCCUGGCGGGCUGCCGGGCCAUGGACCUGCACUUCCGGGACGCGCCCUUGGACAAGAACCUGCCUAGCAUCCUCGGCUUACUUUCCGUGUGGAAUGCCUCCUGCCUCGGAUACGAGGGCUGUGCUGUCCUGCCGUACUGUCAGGCCCUGGUGCGCUUCGUGGCCCACAUCCAGCAACUGGACAUGGAGAGCAAUGGCAAGCGGGUGCAGAUGGAUGGCGCUGAAUGCACAGUGCCCACAGGCGCCAUCUACUUCGGCGAACCCGGUACGAACGGUCAGCACAGCUUCUACCAGCUGAUGCACCAAGGACGCGCAAUUCCGGCCGACUUCAUCGGCUUCAAGGUGUCGCAGAACCCGAUCAGCUUGGAUGGGGAGCCGGUGUCCAACCACGAUGAGCUGAUGUCCAACUUCUUCGCACAGCCCGAUGCUCUCGCGCUGGGGAAGACCGCAGAGGAGCUAAAGGCCGAUGGCAUUCCCGAGAAGCUGAUUCCGCAUAAGGUCUUCACGGGAGAUCGCCCCUCGAACUCCUUGCUGCUGCCCGUGUGCGAUCCGUACAACUUGGGACUGCUCCUGGCCCUCUAUGAACACCGCACGGCCGUGCAGGGCUGGGUCUGGAAUAUCAACUCCUUCGAUCAGUGGGGCGUGGAGCUGGGCAAGGUUCUGGGAGUCAAGGUCCGGAAGUACCUCUCGGAAGCGCGGAAAGGUAGUGGAGAUGCCUCCGGCUUCCAGAAGCCCACCGCGAAGCUAAUGUCGGCCAUGCUGACGGCACCUCAAGCGGGUGGCGACGACAGGAUAAUUAUGAUCCGCGCCCGUGAAAUCUACGACUCCAGAGGGAACCCCACUGUCGAGGUCGAUCUCGUCACGGAGACCUCGCUCUUUCGCGCAGCGGUGCCCUCCGGUGCAUCGACGGGGAUCUACGAGGCCCUGGAGCUCCGGGACGGCGACAAGAGUCGGCUUCUGGGGAAGGGUGUGCUGAAAGCCGUGGCGAACAUCAAUGACAUCAUCGCUCCGAAGUUGAUUGGCAUGAAGGUCACGGAUCAGGCCACUCUGGACAAGCUCAUGGUCGAGCAGCUGGAUGGCUCCAAGAACGAGUGGGGUUGGCUUGGGCCUUGGCGUUUGCACCCCUUGGUAGGCCUGCAGGCUUUGGGGCGGGUUUGGGUAGGUAAAGCUAAACUGCUAAUUUUCCUCAUUGGAAAGGAUGGCAGGAGAGUGUAA